ACUUGGGAUGGGGUGGAGAGGGUAUGGAAGGCUUAGAUCAAAUGUCCAGAGUGAGACAGGACCAGAUUGUCCCCAGUACAAAAUAGCCGGGAAGCAGCUACCAUAGACUUUCCUAUUUUGGAUUAGACCAACCCCAAGCACAUGAACUAAGACUAUCCAUAGCUCUUGGAUUAGUCAUGCCAUUGAAGAGGAGGAGAAGACGCCACUGGGCUGUGCCUGGCAGGAGUCUGGAGUUUCUGGUUUCCAAGCUCAGGAAGGCGUGAACCAGGGGAGGGGCCUCCAUGCAGCAGGAGGGCUAGAAGCUGGAGCAGGAUCUGUCAGCUCUGCAAUGCUGCACAAGCAGAAGCAACACAGAAAGAAGAUACCAACAGCCUCCUGAAACUCACGAGAGUGGACACUCCAGUGUUGACCACCCAAGAUACCACUCCUGCUCCAAAGAUUACAGCUCCCUUGUCAUUCUGACUUCUGGACUUACCCUACACCCCAGAGAUGGAGCAACUACUAGGAAUAAAACUUGGCUGCCUGUUUGCCCUGUUGGCUCUCACUCUGGGCUGUGGCCUUACUCCCAUCUGCUUCAAAUGGUUCCAGAUUGAUGCAGCCAGAGGUCAUCACCGGCGAGUCCUCAGACUCCUGGGCUGUAUUUCUGCUGGUGUUUUCCUUGGAGCAGGGUUCAUGCAUAUGACUGCUGAAGCUCUGGAGGAAAUUGAAUCACGGAUUCAGAAGUUCGUGGUGCAGAACAGAUCAACAAGUGAGAGAAAUUCUUCUGGUGAUGCUGAUUCGGCUCAUAUGGAGUAUCCUUAUGGAGAGCUCAUCAUCUCCCUGGGCUUCUUUUUAAUCUUCUUUUUGGAGUCGCUGGCAUUGCAGUGCUGUCCUGGGGCUGCUAGAGGAUCAACAGUGCAGGAGGAAGAAUGGGGUGGGGCUCACAUCUUCGAACUCCACAGCCAUGGACAUUUACCCUCACCCUCAAAGAGUCCCCUCCGAGCCCUUGUCCUCUUGCUCUCACUCUCCUUUCAUUCAGUGUUUGAAGGGCUAGCUGUGGGGCUGCAGCCAACAGUAGCAGCUACCGUGCAGCUCUGCCUUGCUGUCCUGGCUCAUAAGGGGCUUGUGGUGUUUGGUGUAGGAAUGCGGCUAGUGCAGUUAGGUACCAGGUCACGAUGGGCAGUGUUCUCCAUACUAUUAUUAGCUCUCAUGUCCCCCCUGGGCCUAGCCGUGGGGCUAGCUGUGACUGAAAGGGACUCUGAAGGAGGGCGGGGCUUAGCCCAGGCUGUGUUAGAGGGUGUGGCAGCUGGCACCUUCCUGUAUGUCACCUUCCUAGAAAUUCUUCCACGGGAGCUAGCUAGUCCUGAGGCCCCUCUAGCUAAGUGGAGCUGUGUAGCCGCUGGUUUUGCCUUCAUGGCCUUUAUUGCCUUAUGGGCCUGAGAGAUUCCUGGCUUUUCUGAUGGACCUAUUUAGGAUGACCUCUCUAUCCCCAAGGAGACCUCCCAAAUGGCUUUGGCCCUCAGACAUUUCUUUACUGAGACUAAAUAGCAUUCAAUAGGACUGGACUGGACCCCAGGUUUCCUUUACAUGAGAUCCCAUUUCUCACCCAGGACUGAGAAAAAGAUAUUUAGGUUGAGUAGCUAUUAAUUGGAGAAUUGGUACAGAGAUGCUCCAGAUUUUAUUCUUGUCCCAUUUAUGCUACUAUGUGUAAUAAAAUGCCCAUUUUACCCUC